GUGGUGCCGCAACUCCAGUAAAGCAGCGGAAACAGCAGCUUGAAGGGUUUUCAUUUCCCCUGCCUCCCUGUUCAGUCUCUGCUCUUCCCUCGAGCUCGGGAGUAGGAUGAACGGGCGCCGAGAGACCCCCUGAGGCCACAGGUAGAGGGAUGAACCAAGCAGAACUAUGGUGGGCUGUUGUCUCUGUCCUCUUCAUUUUUCCAUCUGGGAUCCUUGUCAUGCUCUGUAUGAGAUGUAGAAAAUCUAGGAGUCGCACUGUAAUCAGAGAAGAGACUAGAAGAAAAACCCAAAGUGUUCAGCUGAAUGAAGACAAGAAAGUCUUUGAAGUAGUGAGAUCAUUUACAGUGUCACGAACACAACAAAAACCACCAAGUCUGGAACCAGAGACUGAGAAAGUGCAUGCCUCAAAUGUUCGAUCUGAUUGUCAGGAUGAUUCAGCAAACUAUGAGAACUUAAAGAUUGAAAACCACCAUCAACUGGACCAGGACUACAUAAACCCUUUGGCUGAAGAUCAUUAUUGCAUUCCUCGGGAACAUCCCACAUCCACAGAUGAUGAUGAUACAAAUUCGUAUGAAAAUGUGCAGAUAAAUAACGGAGAGAGCCAGACUUCUGUUGACUCUACAGGGAGCUACGAGAACUGCGAAUAUGCGGUGAAGUGGAGGGCUCAGGAGGAAGCAAAUGGCAAGUUAGAUGAAAAUGAUGAUGAUGACGAUGAUGAUGAACCCGAUUAUGUCAACACUGUUCCCUGCCCUUCGCUGUAAAGCAGACAUAGAAAAACAGUAUUCCAGACAACGCCAGCUAUUGUCCUAUGAAUUCAGAUGGACUAUUUGAGGAGAGAAUUAUUCUGCAAACCUCUGGAGAAUUCCUUACAGCUACUCAGUACACAAAGCUGGUUUGUGUGUUUCAGUUCUGCUAAGAACACUUUCAAGUCUCAAAUGUCAUGGACAUUUAGCUACCAGGAAUCCAUUAAUUUAUUGCUGUAGGAGAAUCCUAUUCAGACGGUUCCCCAGACAAACCUGUUAAUUCCACUCCAUGUAAAAUCGUUUCCUCUGAAUUAUAAGAUCUCAAUACUGAUUCUUUGUACCUGCUCUGCUGUGUAUCAUUCAGUUGUCACCGGCAAACAUUUAGGGCUGACUUCAGUUCCCAUCGUGAUUGCUGCAAAAGACUUACCAUCAUUUCUCUUCGUCAGUUAGCUAUUAUAGGAUUUUAAAUUAUUGUAUCUAUUUUCAAAUUUAACAUUCAUGUAAAUUCUAAGCCAGUCUCAAACUUUCCUUAGACUUAAGUUUCUGAACUGUAUCAAGACACUGCUGAUGAAAAUUAUUUUGAUGUUGCAUUGUAUUAAACUGUGCUUUGUAGUAGGUCUUUCUGUACACCAGCCAAAUCUUGUGCACAGUUCCCUAGAAUUCAUGACAUAAUUCUAAUAUUUUAAGCUAUUAUGGAUCAUGUAGAAAAUGUUAUACUUCAUCAAGUGAUUGCCAUGUUAACUUUUGUUUAUACCUUCAAACUACAUAUUAAAUAACUAAGAGCUUUUGAUUGGAUGACUUGGUGGUCUAUUAGUGGGGUGAUUUAAACUUAAGAUGUUGCAGACACUCAGGCAAUCAACUUUGGGUCAUUUGUUCUUUCUAGCUGCAUCAGAACUGGCCAUUUGGAUAAGUCAACUGUCGGUGAUCUUGGCUUAGCUUUUCUCCCUUCAUUGUUAUCACCUGACCUGUUGGUCACAUCCAACAGGCCCAAUAUUAGCAACAAAUAAAAAAUAAAGCAACAUCAUAUACAUUGAUUGCCACAUUAACUCAUUUCUUUCCACCCUAUAACCUUUGUUCUACCCUUCCCUUCUACUAGAAACUAACCUGCUUUCUCUCUUUCACAGGUCUCACUCCUGAAAUCUUAAUAUUGUUCCUCUUUCCACAGAUGCUAUCUGUCCUGCUGAACAUUUCCAGCAUUUUCUGUCUUUAUUUCCUAUUUCCAGUAAUGCCAGUUUUUUGCUUCAUUUUUACUUAAGUAGCCAGCUUGGGUAAAGUGCUGUGACCUCAAAACAGAUCUUUUAUGUGUAAUGUAUGGCACACAAAAACAGGAGGUUGGAUUCAACAAAAUAAAGUAAACAGAGCUUUUA